AUGGGCUCUAUGAGCAUGGAUAUGGUAUUCAGGAAUACUCACGACACACCACUCUUCUCUAAUAUCUGGACCCCAUCAUCUUCAGGCGGCUUUGCAGGUACUUGCAUUUUCUUGAUUAUCCUCGCUAUUAUCGACCGAUGCCUCAUCGCUUUCAAAGCAACUAUGGAGCGACAUUGGCUUGCCACGCAUUUGAACCAACGCUAUAUCACUGUCGCUGGUCAAAGCACCGAGGCCGGCAAGAUUGAUGCCGACCCGGAUGCGAAGAUCGCAUCACUUGUCACCGCGCAAGGCGUUGAGGAGUCGGUCAAAGUGGUGCGCAAUAUCAGUCAUGGGCCAAUUCCAUGGCGGUUCAGCGUUGAUCUGCCGCGAGCAAUCCUUUUUCUGUGCAUUGCAGGUGUAUCCUAUCUGCUCAUGUUGGCUGUCAUGACUAUGAACAUCGGCUACUUUUGCUCGGUGCUUGGAGGGGCAUUCCUCGGGGAGCUAGCAGUCGGGCGUUUCAUUCAAACUAAUGAGCACGGACACUGA